GUUUUGAUUAUAAGGUUGUCUUAUAGUCGCGCUCUUAUCGUCUUUGGUUGCGGUCGGUAGCUUUCGUUUUUAGAUAUGAUGACUUCAAACCUUGGGUUCUUUAAUUUAAUGGACAACUUCCUGCCAUCAGAUAAGUGUUUACUAGUGAAUGACUUAGGGUGUACUUCUUAUAGUACCAGCGUUUCUUGUCCAGACUCAUCUUGCCUUUGUGUCACUGAGGAUCUACAGCUGAUGGAACAACAUUAUGCAACUUGUCAUCAUCAUUCAUGUUCACUCUGUGGUUUAAGUUUUAUAUCUUCACGACUUCUUUCGGUACAUGAACAAAUUGCACACUGUGGAGCUUUUAAACCAAAGCUGGACUGUUUUCUCGUCGUAUGUCCUCAAAAGUUCUGUGACUCCGCCAAACUUUUCGCACAUGCUUAUGAUUGCCAUGGGCUUCUUCCUAACUCGUCAGUACUCAUAGGUACAAUGAUAAGUGUCAAGAAUUGCAAUUCUAAUAAAAUUAUGUCUGAGUUUGUUGUCCACCGUUGGGAUGAAUCCAUUGAUGGCCAACUCACCCUGGAAAAUAUGUUGAAGAAGCUCAAAUCCGAGUUCCUAAAUUUAUGUGUUCACUGAUUGCAGGGUUGCAGUUGCAUAAAUUACAAAUUCAGUCCUGGCACCAAUUUCCCGGAACAUACCCACAACGAAGAUAAACUGGACUGUAUUGUUAGCGGUCAGCUUUCAUUUACUAUGUAUGGAAAGGAAAUUAUAUUAGGUCCUGGUGAUCGUCUUGAAGUUCCUCGCAAUAUACCACAUUCUGCUCGUGUUGUGGGCAAAGAUCCUCUCGUAUUUGUGGAUGCUACACGAAAAUCAUAAAGUUCUUAAAACCUUAUUUGUGGCCAUUUUGAUUUUAUGGUUGUUUUUAUGUCGCAUGAGUGCUGUCAAUAUAAUGAUCAAAAUUAUUG